AUGAAGGUUUUGGAGGAGCUUAUUGCGGACAUCGUCGUGGAGGACGCGUCAUUUGUAUACACGGUUGCCCUAUUUGCCGAAGUGAUCACUCAGAGCGCCACACUACGCAGCCUGAGGCUCCCUACGACGCACUGCCAAUGUGAAGCAGCAAUCUGGUUUCCAAGUGUUCUGCGUCCGCAUCCGGAAGCAGCGCAAUGCAUGAAGCCCUGGCUAGCAGCCCUGCCGAUGCCGAACUCCCCGCUCAAAAAGCUUGGCAUCGACUUGAGGGGCUUCGGAGAAGCUGAGUGCCACGACUUCUUCCAUGCAAUAGCGGACAAUAACUCUCUCGUGUCGGUGGUAGUCCACUCCUUGCCCAUCAUUGACGGCCUGGACAGAGUGUGUGCAACGAUCCGAAAUCGAGGCCUGAAGGAUCGAGUGGUCAUCAAGGGGCAUUACACGCACCUGACUACAAAGCAGCUGCAGGAAUGCCCGCAAAUCAGCAGUGCAAGCAUCGGACACAGCUAUGUUAUGCGCAACGAAUAUUUCCGCACGCAGUUAGUUAUCUCAGCUUUCGGCGUGGUCGCUGGUUGCGCUCACGUAACGUCACUGCAGGUUGACUGCUAUAACUUCGAUCGCAAUGAUUUCUCCGCGUUGGCGGCGUGUAUAAGGGGCCCGUCCGCGCUAAUUGAUGUCGACAUAGACCUGAGUGACGUUCGUGACUAUCUGACCCCACAGGAGCAGCGGGACGUGCAGUCCGAACUCGUGUCAGCGCUGGCCGCUAACCUUAAUCUAGUCAGAGUCUGCGUCAGGGGAGCGCAACUGUCCGACUACGACUUCGCUGUGCUGGCGGAUGGCGCUAACAAGAGCAUCAGCAUCACGGAUUUCACCGCGACGCCUGGCUGCACUUCCACUUCCAUGCCUGAUGCAAUGGAUCGAACAGAGCCCAAAUGUCGGUUCUUCAUGAUCGAGUCGUUUACGGGAGCAUCCGACGCCAACGACAUCGCUCUGGCGGACAUCUUGCACGCGACCAGAAGGAAUGCCUCCGCCGUCUCUGCCGCUGCACAGUUCGUGCUAGGCGAGCAAGACACCUUGGAAGGCGCGGAUGCCGUCGAGCUGAUGCAUGGCCACCCACGCCUCCUCGAAAUGGUUAUCGAAGGUGCUGACGUCACAAAAGCCGAAGCGCAAAAGAUGAUCAGCAGCGCCCUUCUGCGUGUGCGCCACUGUAGCCUUGAUGAGUUUAUGGCAAUGGCUGGCGUCGUCAAGGACAGGGUGGCGUGUCUGCGUCAUCCCGAUGCCAGGCGACAGCUCGCCGACAUCGACCACGACUCCUGGCUGCACAUUCGCAGUUACCUGAAGAUAGCGGACGUUCUUCACAUUUAAGCCGGUCUCGGUUGACGAAAACGUUUUUGCUUAGU